CCUUCGUGAAAGUGAUUUUAUGUUUAAAAAUGAGAAGACUGGAAAGGUGGACCACUUCCAGCGCAGUGAUCUUGUAUCUGCACAGUGGAUCGCCCGGGCCACCGGGUUGCGGUUACGCAUUAAACUGAAGAACGACUCGCUGCAUCGAUACGAUGGUUUUGGAGAAAUGGAAGCUGAGAGGAUCUCAAAAUUUUUCAAAACCUACUUUGACAUUGAAAUCACUAAACGAGAGCUUUGCUAUAAGGGUUUCAACUGGGGUGACGUCGAAGUUGAAGGUGAAUCUCUUCGAUCUUGUUGUUACUGCAUUCACAGGUGACGUUUUGGAGAUGUCGGUGAAAAAUCUAAUGUCAUUUGAAAUUCCACUAAGCAAUCUCUCUAACGCCACCUUGAACAAAAACGAGCUUGUGUUUGAGUUUCAUCUUAACGAUGACGCUGAAAUUUGCCUCUCCGAAAUGCGGUUGUACACUCCCGGCACAGAAAGCGAUCGGGAUGGAAAAGCUGCUAUAAUAUACUCUAAGGUCACUGAAAAGGCCGAUAUCAUCCAGGUCACGGGCGACUUCUUGGUUGAAUUCAAACAACUGCAGUGUCUGCAACCUAGAGGCCGUUAUGACAUCAAGCUUUACCCUUCCUUCGUUCACCUACAUGGGAAGUCCUUCGACUUCAAAGUACCUAAGAGCACAAUCACCCGGCUCUUGCUUCUUCCUCACCCCGACAACCGCCAGGUAUUCUUCGUUGUGCAGCUGGAUCCUCCUAUCAAACACGGCCAAACGCGUUAUCAUUUCGUCAUACUACUGUUUGAUAAAGAUGCUCACGUCGAUGUGGAGAUGGCCGCCACCGAUGAGUGGCUCCAAGAACAUUACAGUGGCAAGCUUACGCAGAACGUCGCAGGGCCCGAAUACGAGGUCGUAGCCAGAAUAUUCAAGGUAUUAUUCGACCAGAAAGUCACUGUGCCCGGCGGUUUCACAGCCAAAGGUGGCGGCUGUGCGGUUGCGUGCAGUUACAAAGCUUCUGUUGGCCUUCUCUAUCCUUUAGAACGAGGCUUCACUUUUGUACCACGACCACCAAUAUCCGUAAGAUUUGAGGAGGUUGUCACUGUCCAGUUCUCUCGGGGGACUGGCGCACAACGUUCUUUCGAUUUUGAGGUGGAAACCAGGAGCGGCCUCACACAUACUUUCACUUCAAUCGAUCGAAAUGAAUACCAUCAGUUAUAUGAUUUUGUCACCUCUAAGAAAUUGCGUGUGAAAAACAUCGACACCGAAUCCAAAGUUACUGGCGCUUUAGGAGUCGAUGAUGCUUGGUCUUCUUCUGAAGAAUCUCAUGAUGCUUACAUGCAGAAAGUCAAAACCGAAGCCCGUGAGCGACAGAUGGAGGCUGAUGACGAUGACGACGACGAUGAUGAAGAUGAUGAAGAUUUCAAGCCCCCACCUGACUCAGAUGCUUCGGAAGUUGGCUUGGAGUACGAUAGCAAUGUUGAGCCAACUUCUAGCGAGGGCGAUUCCGAUGAACAAUCUGGUAGCGACUCAGAAUCAGAUCCUGAACCCCGGAAAAAGAAACCAGCAGCAGUGCCUGAACAGAAAAAACCACCGAUUAAACCGAGAGCGAAGGAACCGAAUAGAAGAACCAAGCGCGUUAAGGAUCGUAACGCACCGACGCGUCCUCCGACUGCUUAUCUGCUUUGGUUUAACGAGCACCGAGAAGAAAUAUCAAAGAGCAUAGGUGUCGGCACUUCAGUCGCUGAAGUAGCCAAGGCUGCUGGGGAGAAAUGGCGUAAUAUGGAUAGUGAGACUAAGAGUAAGUACCAGGCACGUGUGAACCAGUUAAAAGAAAAAUACGAAUCAGACUUACAGAUCUAUCGAGACAAGAUUGCUUCUGGAGAGCUUCCGACUCCUGUCGAUUCCAAAGUGCUCAAAGGCCCUCGGAAUAAGAAGCCCGCUCCCAAGUCAAACAAAAUUGCCAGCUCAAGCAUUGUACCCAAAUCUGCCGAUUAUGUCGACUCUACUGGAUCCAGUUCCGAUGAACUGAGUAACCUCAGCGAAGACAGUGACAUUAAGCCCGCAUCUAAUGAUGCGGCGCCGUAGAUUUAUUGAUUUCCAUCUUUUUUAUUAUUUGCAUUUGAUCCAUGAUUAUUCAUCGUCUGGGGUAAAUGUUGUAAACAUGUCAUCCUUUCUUCAAUCUAGAGCGCAUUCCAAUAUUGUGAAUGCGUUUUUCCUAUCAUUGUCAUCAGAUGCUUACAGUGAGGCCCUCUAAAAUAAUGCACUGGUCCGGCAAAAUUUGCUUUUGCACUGGUUCGACUCAACUGUACACGUUGCAUUUCCUCCUCAUCGUCAUCAUUAUACACGUUAGAUACAGGUGUAAAAACCUCAUCUAAUGUGCCCCAACACAAAAGAAAAAAGAAGAAGAAUGCAACAAUUGCAUGCCAGAUGAGCUGCCAGCAACGGAUGGGCAUCAUUCCGGAAAGCUACCAGCCGGCUACUAUGCAGCAAAAAAAUUUACUAUGCAAGGUUAUAUAAGGCUAAGUAGCGAGAUCAUGGUUAGAGGGGAAGGCUAAGAGAUGCGGUGGGACAAAAAACUCACAACACGAAAGCCAUUGAGGUCGGCUCCUAGCCAUGUUAGCAGUUGUACCCAGCCAAACAUGUUCAUCGUCUUUCGGACCCCAAUCAGGGACAGAUUCGAAGUGAGGGCCUACAUUUCUCUUGACCAAGUCAUUGCUUGGCCACCUUUCCUUUUCUUCCAUCUGCGCCUCCGGUGCGUAAACAACGCUCGCCGCGGGAGUCGGUGGGCUGACGUGCGUAACACGUGGCCGGGCCAUCGGAGCCUGGUGCGUGGACUAACGAUGCUGAGCGGUUCAUUUCCUUUUCCUGUGCCGUAAACGAAGCGUAGAACACGCUCAUUUCUCAUACGGUAUCCCCACCAAAUGUGAGCCAAACUGCGAAGGUACCGGUGGUCGAACGUAACGCUUCUUUCUGUCCGUUGAUCUAAGGGACC